AUGACGGCGCCUCCAGGACUAUACUCCGGUAGCAGCACUCUCGCCCUGGUGGCUCGUGCUUCGGCUUUCGGGCUCGGUCUCAUCUACGGCAACGUCAAGCUCAAGGCUUUGAAGAUAAAGAAGAACUCACAGAUUAAGGCGGAAGCCAAGGCUCAUCACUAA